AUGUAUUGGUUGACUUGCCUCAUACUGUUCACCUCCCCCGGUCUGUGUUUUAAUUGCGAAAUCGGCGCUACUGACAUGGGAAAAAUCAAGGUCGCGGCACAAACAUUUGUUACUAUCCCACUUGAGCCGCAGCUACAGCCGCUCUAUCGUGACGCGGCGAGUGCGUGUCAUAUGCAAUACCUUUUGGAGCGAACCCAGGAGGUUCUAGAUGGUGUGAGGCAGAUAGGAAAGAUCCCCGUUGUUGACGAUAUCGCAAUGUGGUUUGAUAUUCUUGGUACUGUGCUUGAUGGUGAGAUCAAGCAGGAUGACAUUCUUCUGAUUGAUUGCUCUGGCGCUUACAGUGUUACUGCUCUCUAUCGUUGGGUAAUUAUUGCUCUGUCGCGUUGGUGUAAUUCAGUUUAA